GGGGACGCGUCUGUGGGGGGGCCUAAGGGGUUACCCCCUUCGGACGAAUCGAGCGGGUUUUUUUUUUAAGGGCUCGGGACUGGGAUCGGCUCAUAGUUGUCUGACCUCUGCUCGCCUGCGCCGUUGUCGGUGUCUGCCACGGAGCAGGUACCAUGCGAGAGGAGGGACAGGCGUCCUGGAAGACGUGGACCCCGGGCUCGUGCCGAGCCCGCGGGCUCUGGGUUUCCCUCAUGAGUCUUCUGCUGCUGCCGCAGCUGAUAAAGUCUCUGGUGCCCGAUGACUUCAACCUGGUACAUCCAUUGGUGACUCUAGAGCAGCUCCUUUGGGUGAGUGGCAAACAAAUUGGGAGUGUAGAUACUUUCAGAAUACCAUUGAUCUCAGCCACUCCUCGAGGGACCCUUCUUGCCUUUGCAGAGGCCCGGAAGACAUCAUCCUCAGAUAAAGGCGCUAAAUUCAUUGCCAUGCGGAGGUCCACAGAUGGAGGUGCCACAUGGUCUGCCACAUCAUUUAUAGUGGAUGAUGGGGAUGUUGCUGAUGGACUGAACCUGGGGGCCAUAGUUGGGGAUGUUGAAACGGGUACAAUGUUCCUUUUUUAUUCUCUCUGUGCACAUUAUGAUGGGUGUUCUGUGGCUUCAACCAUGGUGGUGUGGAGCAAGGAUGAUGGCAUCACUUGGAGCCCACCUAGAAACCUCUCCUUGGAUAUUGGAACUGAAAUGUUUGCUCCGGGACCGGGCUCUGGCAUUCAGAAGCGGCAUGAGCCAUAUAAGGGUCGGCUCAUUGUCUGUGGCCAUGGAACCCUGGAGCGUGAUGGGGUCUCCUGCCUUAUUAGUGAUGACAGAGGAGCAUCCUGGCGCUAUGGUGGUAGUAUCAGUGGGAUUCCUUUUGGGGAACUCAAGAAGCCAAAUGAUUUCAGUCCUGAUGAGUGCCAGCCCUACGAACUCCCUGAUGGUACCAUCGUAAUUAAUACCCGAAAUCAGAAUAACUAUCACUGUCACUGCCGAAUCAUUCUCCGAAGCUAUGAUGCGUGUGAAACCCUUAGGCUCCAAGAUGUGACCUUUGACAAAGAGCUCAUCGACCCUGCUGUAGCUGCAGGUGCUGUGGCCACCAGCUCUGGUCUGGUCUUCUUCUCGAAUCCAGCUCAUCCAGAACAUCAAGUUUGUGAGAUCACCAAGUAAAGCAGAGAAGAGGAAAAUCCCAAAUAGAAACCUCACUCAGAAGCAUUUGCUCACAAGCAAAUGAACCAACAUAAAGGUUCAUAAAGACAAUCAAGAAUAAGUAAAAAUUCAAAGAGAAGUCAAAAUACUAUGAAUAAGUAUUAUGCCAAGGAUGAAAAUGAACCAGGAUUCCUUGAUCAAAAAGAGAAUUUUGCAGAUAAAAAACAUUAACAAGCAACUACAAAAUAGUACAGAAUUAAAUCUGAUAACAUCUCUAAACAGAAUAGAGGAAAAAGUCAAAUACAAAACCUAAAUGACAUGAUGGACACAUUCUCCAAGAAAUAGAGAAAAGAACAAAUCUGGAAUUUUUAUUCAGAAGUGGAAGAAAAUUUGCCAGGAGAAAAGAAAAAGGCAGUAACAUUAAAAGAACAGAUUACAAAAACUAUUGCUGAGUUAUGGGACCCUCCUGAGAAGGGAGUACCAAGGCCACCUCAAACUUUGGUGCACAAUAAGUUUUCUGCCAUGUUGCAGAAACGCCCUUGUUGAGCAAGGAGCAAUAAUUUGUGAUCAUGGGAACAGGUGUCCAAGGGUCAUAGCUAGUUGCUCAUUGAGCAGGGAUGCCUUGACAGGGCCUCUUGCCUGUGAGCAAGCUGCUGAAUUGCUGGAUUGGCUCUCCUCCCAUUGGCAUGCAUACACAAAGACCAUGAGCUGCUUCUCUGAAUGGUGAUUAGGGAUUGCCUACUGUUCACACACUUAUCAUCCUUGCAAAAAUGUAUAUCAACAAGGCUGUAUGGCAUAAUAAACGGGAGCUCUUUUUCACCCUC